GACAGGUUAGUGCAUCUCUUCGGUUUUACAGAGAAAUUGGAGAAUCAACUGAACUAUUUUGCAAUUGAAGAUCUCGGCUGGAAUUCCCUUUCAAUCCUCAUUUCGGUCUUGACUCUCUCCUCCUCCCCCACGGCAGUGCUCACUGUGUCAGCCGUGAGAAGCUCCCGUGCGCCUCCCAGCACCAGGAUGGUUUCCUUCAUCCUCUGCCUUCUCCCUGCUCUCCUAGCUACAACAAGUGCACAAGAACUCCUAAAAUGUGGCACGUGCUUUGGUCAAACGGAGACCUGCGAUUUUGUUCUAGGAACAUGCGACGACAACAAGGCUACUGGUGGCUGCCUCUCCCGGGCAGAAGAUAUUACAUUGGAUGGGACACAGAACACGAACUUCUACAAACAGUGUCUGAGUAGCUAUAAGAGUGACAUCAAACUCCCCAUCUCCUUCACUGUUGGGAAUGGCAAGUAUGUGAGGAUCAACACCACAUGGUGCAACAACACAGAUAACUGUAACUCGGCUGUACUUGGAGUGCCCACGGGGAGCACCACCGCGAACGGGCUGCAGUGCCCAACCUGCUUCGCUCUGAACUUCACUCUCUGCAACAGCUCAGUCACCCCUUGUACCGGGGACGAGACCUAUUGCAUCGAUUUCACUGGGCACCUAGUGAAAGGUUCAUCUCGUUCACCAUUUCAAGCGAAAGGCUGCGCUACUGCGUCUGCUCAGGCCAUUAAACCUGGAGCCAACCUGAUUUCUACACCCUACACGUUCUCCUUUUUUUGGGGGCAAACUGUUCCAGCACAGAAAAUACCCACCAGCCCCCCUCCCAUAACCACCCCCUCCGCUAAUACCACCAACCCCCCUCCCACAAAUGUCUUUGUCUAA